AGCGAGGUGGGAAAUAAGGUCCAAAAGUACAAAGUGGGAGAUCGAGUUGGCGUUGGGUAUAUAGUGGGUCAUGCCGUGCCUGUGAUAGCUGCAAAGAAGAUCUUGAGAAUUACUGCCCCAAAAGUAUACUGACUAAUGGGGCCAAAUAUCAUGAUGGAACUGUUACAUAUGGAGGUUACUCCAACACUAUGGUUGCGGAUGAACACUUUAUCGUCCGCAUACCUGAGAAGUUGCCUCUUGAUGCUGCUGCUCCACUGCUCUGCGCUGGAGUUACGGUGUAUAGUCCAUUGAGAUAUUAUGGACUUGAUAAGCCUGGUUUGCAUAUCGGCGUGGUUGGACUGGGUGGACUUGGUCAUGUUGCAGUGAAAUUCGCCAAGGCGAUGGGAGCCAAAGUUACAGUGAUAAGCACCUCCUCUAGUAAAAAGAAGGAAGCUCUAGAAAAUCUUGGUGCUGAUUCGUUUUUGGUCAGCGGCGGAGACCACGAUCAGCUCCAGGGUUCCACUGGCACAUUGGAUGGAAUCAUCGACACAGUAUCAGCUGAACACCCUCUGCUGCCAUUGCUUGGGCUGUUGAAGUCUAACGGAAAGCUUGUUCUUCUUGGUGCUCCGGAGAAAUCACUAGAUUUACCUGUUUUUCCUUUGCUCCAAGGGAGGAAAGUGGUGGGAGGGAGCUUGACCGGAGGGAUGAAGGAGACUCAAGAGAUGAUUGACUUCGCAGCUAAACAUAACGUAAAACCAGACAUUGAAGUUGUAGCCAUGGAGUAUGUGAACACUGCCAUGCAACGCCUUCUCAAGUCUGAUGUCAAAUACCGUUUCGUCAUUGACAUUGGGAACACUUUGAGGGCCACUUAUUGAAGUUUUUCCUCACUAUUACUACCAAACCAAUAGCCAAAAUACCACUCCAAAUAUUA